CGCUCUUUCCUCAUUAAGUCCACAGUGAAUGUCUGCCUCCCACCUGCGGUACGCUGUCUACAACAGCGUUGCAGUGUAAUGGCUGGUUGGACGGCUGCGUCCUCCAGGUCGACAGAGACGGAUUAUGAGCGUACACUCGGUCCUGCAGGCAACUAAAUCUCUACUAGUCCUGCUGUGACUCCAGAUCCAAGACCACCGCCAAACAGCCGGCACCCAGAGGAGACGAUGGACCCGAACCCCAACGAUGAGAUGAAACGGAUCUCCUGGACCAGUUCACCCGAGGCUCCUUCACUCUAGAUGCCGCUAACGUCACCUCAUGGCCGGGAUUCAGCAGCUACCUGCUAACUCGCUGACAGAUGUUUGCUGAAACCGUUCGCCUGACGGAGCAUUGAAAAGAGAAAAAAGAAAACAGUGUGCCUGUGGUUCGGCCUGUAAUCAUGGGGAAAGAACAGGAUCUGCUGGUGGCGGUGAAGACUGGAGAUCUUCUGCUGGUGCACAAGCUUCUCUCCAAAGUCAAGUGCAACAAAACCAAGUUGUUGGGCUCCGCCAAGAGGCUCAACAUCAACUACCAGGACUCAGACGGCUUCUCAGCGCUGCACCACGCCGCUCUGACGGGCACCACGGAGCUGCUGUCUCUGCUGCUGGAGGCCCAGGCCACGGUGGAUAUCAAGGACAUCAACGGCAUGCGCCCCCUCCACUACGCAGCGUGGCAGGGUAAAGCAGACUCCGUCUUGUUGUUGCUGAGAGCCGGAGCUUCAGUCAACUCCACCUCCAAUGACGGACAGAUGCCGUUACAUCUCUCUGCUCAGUAUGGACACUACGAGGUGUCUGAGAUGUUGCUGCAGCACCAGUCUAAUCCCUGCCUGAUGAACAAGGGGAAGAAGACUCCUCUAGAUCUGGCCUGCGAGUUUGGGAGACUGAGGGUGGCUCAGUUGCUGCUGAGCAGUAACAUGGUGGCGGCGCUGUUAGAAGGGGACAACAUGGACUCUCCAUCCACCACUCCCCUCCACCUGGCAGCCAGGAAUGGACACAAAGACAUAAUCAAGUUGCUGCUCAAAGCCGGUAUCGACAUCAACAGGACCACCAAAGCCGGGACGUCUCUGCACGAGGCUGCUCUCUAUGGCAAAACGGAAGUAGUGCGGCUGCUGCUUGAUGCGGGCAUCAAUGUGAACAUACGCAACACCUACAACCAGACAGCUUUGGAUAUUGUCAACCAGUUCACCACCUCCACAGCAAGCAGGGAAAUCAAACAGUUGCUGAGAGAGGCAUCAAGCUCUCUUCAGGUCAGAGCGCUGAAGGACUACUGGAACCUCCACGACCCCACCGCUCUUAACCUCCGGGCUGGAGAGCUUAUUAUGGUUGUGGAGCAGCACUCAGACGGCCGCUGGAAGGGUCACAUCCAUGACACCCAGCGGGGGACGGACCGGGUGGGCUUCUUCCCCCCUUCAGUGGUGGAGGUCCUCAGCAGACGAGCAGGGGGCACUCUCUCCCGGCAAGCCUCAAUGCCUUGCCAACGACAACACUUAACGUCCAGAGUUCCUUCCUCAAGCCAUGGCUCCGCCCCUCAGACCGAUGACUCAUACACCCUUGGUUAUGAUCCCGCAGGUGCUCCACCUGACAGUCAGCUGUCUGCCCCAGCUAGUCCUGCUAGCCCCGCUCAGGACAUUUGGGUCCUCAGGAGCUCUCCCACUGGGGACAGAAACAGUGUUGGGAGUGCCGGCAGUGUGGGCAGCAGCCGCAGCGCUGGUAGCGGCCAGAGCUCAGAGAGCGGCCACAGACAGAAUGGGAUUCACAAUCGCCACAAUGCCGACACUGGCAAGCUGGCUCCCUCUGCUGGUGAAUCUGGAGACCACCUCCACAUUGCCGGAGCAGACCACAACAAACAGGCAGAUGGAUCCACAGGUGGUUCCUGUCGGCAAGUCAACGGCACUCCUCAGAAAGGCUUCGUGAGGCCGGAGGAGCUUCUGGAGGGCAAGGACUCUGAGGCCAUCUACCAAUGGUUGUAUGAGUUCCAGUUGCAGCAGUACACAUCCAACUUCAUCAACUCAGGAUAUGACGUACCCACCAUCAGCAGGAUGACGCCUGAGGACCUGACAGCCAUCGGAGUGACCAAACCAGGCCACAGAAAGAAGAUCUCAAUGGAGAUCGGCAAGCUGAGCAUCCCUGAGUGGCUGCCUGAUUACAUCCCUUCAGACCUGGGGGAGUGGCUGAGUGUGAUUGGACUGCCUCAGUACCAGAAGAGAUUGUGUGACAAUGGCUACGACUCCAUUACUAUCGUCAAAGAUAUCACCUGGGAGGACCUGCAGGAGAUAGGCAUCACCAAACUGGGUCACCAGAAGAAGCUAAUGUUAGCGGUGAAGAGACUCAGCGACCUGCAGCGCUCCCGCAACCAUGCCGACAGAUCUGGAGGCGGGACUCUCCGACGGAACCCCCCCGCCGCCCUGGAAAUGGUGGCCAUCGAACACACACCGACACACAAUGUGCAGGCUCACGCUCCUUCUGACGACUGCUGCCCCUCCCCUGGCACCCCCAGGGCGCUCCUCUCCUUCCAGGACAGCGAGUUGAGCGCCGAGCUGCAGAGCGCCAUGAUGGGCAGGGCCUGGGGAGCCGAGGCGUUCGGCAUCAGGGGCGUGCCCUCUGCGGCGGCUCUAUCCGCCAUGUCGGUCAGUCAGGAGAGUAUUAGCAUGCGAUCACGUGGGUCAGGGAAUUCUGGAAAUUCCAAUUCCGGAUAUUCUCAAGAUCACCAAGCUACACAGUCUUCAGCCAGGAUAUCCAGCCGGUCAGAGGAGAGUCUGGGGAGUGGUGCCGGGGAGGAGGCGGGUAGAGGUAGACAGAGACCCACAGAGAUGUGGGAGCACCUGAGUCGUUCUGCUACCCCCAACAAACUCCCCUUCUCCCCUCUAACACCUCCGCUAACACCCAGCAAGAUGCCUCGCUUUGCCUACCCGGCCGUCCCACCCAAGUCCAAACGCUUCCAGUCCCCCAACCGCCUCCAUCAGCCACAGCACCAGCCGCCUUCCUCUCCAUCCCCACAGCCUUCCCCCACACAGAAGUCCUUCAGUUACCUCCACGCCCAGACAGGAGGCGUCAAUGGGGCUCCACAUGUGCUCUCCAAACCUCUGCCUGGAGCGGUCCCUCUGCUGGGACCCCGGCCUGGACAGGGCCCUGCUAACGACGCCCAGAGGGGCACGCACAAAAAGCGUGCCCAAAGCCUGACUCGCUACGCUUUGUCCGACGGCGAGCCGGACGACGAGGACGACCUCGCUCCCCCCUGCACCUCCGCCUCUUCUUCGGCCGUGCCCUCCUAUGCCACGCUGUCGCGCAGGCCGGGACGCGGGCACACCAGUGCCUCAGGGACCCAGCGGCACAUCAACCGCAGCCACUCGUUCGCCGUGCGAUCCAGACGCAACGGCCCGCCCCCGCCGCCGCCCAUAAGGAUGAGUUCGGUGAGCGGCAGCCCAGUACGCCAACCAGGAAACGGGAAAGUGGUGGAGCCAGAGGUGAAGCAAGGAGUAGAGACGGAGGGCAAAGGCAGCGUGAGGUGCAUCGCAGCCAGGCUAGAGGGAAGCAGCAGCAGCAGCAGCAGCAGCAGUCCGUCCCGGAGGAUAGAUAUACCACCAACUCAUGUCCAAGUUUCACCUGUUUUCAUCCCCAUUUCCUCUCCGCUUCCACAUGGGAUGAGUCCUCACAUCGUCUUACAGCACUACAAACCUGUCCCUGUUCUGGGCUUGGGGGGCCUGAGGAGGACGGGUAGCGAGAGGACGGAAGCAGAGACUGCCAGACAAAGAGGUGGAGGCCCAGAGGGAACACUCGAACACAAUCCAAGGAAAGGUGAAAGAAUGUCAAAGAGUGCUACUGCGUCUCCAAAGCACAGCUCCGGUGGCCGCCUCCCUUUCGCUGAAGAAGGCAACCUCACUAUCAAACAGCGGCCCCGGACAGCAGUCAUCACCCACGCGGACGCUGAAGUCAAGACCCCGAACAGCCUGGAGCUCCCCGAGUUCAACCUGAAAGAGUCCGACACGGUGAAAAGACGACACAAACCCAAAGACUCAUUGACACCUGAGGAGGCUGUCUCCCCCAGCAGAGAGUACAGACACCUGCAAGCCAACAGUCUCCACCCGGCGAACGAUGUCAGGGCGCUGAGCGACAACGAAUCUCAGAGGCCGGGGAACGUGUUCCGUAGAGUGGGCUCACUCGGAAAAGGCCCAAAGCCUCCAGUGUCCUCAAAACCUUCCAGUCCUCUCAAACAACCGCCGAACAGCAAACCAACAGUCUCCCAGAAAUCAGUAUCCUCAGUACAAGCUAGUGCACAAGCAGCCAUUCCUAAGCUAACCAGCGUACAGAUUCACACAGUGUCCCCGAAGCUGGGCGGUAUCAUACACACACAGACGUGUGUACCCGGCCCCACACCUGUGAACCCACAGGCAGUGAAGGCCAAACCAGAGAGUCCACAGAAAGGUGGUCUGUCUGUAUCAAGGCUCCCUCAGCCCAGCACGGUCCCGGCAUCAGCAGCAGGACUGAACCUCAUUUUGGUCCAGAGUGUUGCAUUCACCGCUCCGUCCUCACCAGCUCCGGCCCCCUCGUACCCCACCUCGGCCCCUCCAGGUCAGGCGGGUAAAGCGGGGUCCUCCCCGGCUGGUGCGGCCGGUCUGGAGGUGCUGGCUCAGAAGAGGCUGGAGCAAACCAGUACGUCACUAGAGGCCGCUCUCAAAGUGGUGGAGAACAAACUGGCACAGGGGAGCAGUGUGGACAGUGGCAACAGCACAGUGAAGGCGGCAGGAAAUAUUCUGGAUGACAUCGGCAGCAUGUUUGACGACCUGGCCGACCAGCUGGACGCCAUGUUGGAGUGACCCUCCCGAACU